AUGGGAGUGCAUCAUCUGUGGCCAAUAUUGGAGCCUGUGAGGCAACACACCCACUUGCAUAGUCUUGGUGGGAAAACCAUCGCAGUUGACCUGAGUCUCUGGGUGUGUGAAGCACAGACUGUCAGAAAAAUGAUUGGAACCGUCAUGAAGCCCCACCUAAGGAACCUGUUUUUUCGAAUCUCAUUUUUAACACUAAUGGAUGUAAAACUGAUAUUUGUUAUGGAAGGGGAACCCCCAAAGCUGAAAGCUGAUGUCAUAAGCAAGAGGAAUCAGAUUCGGUAUGGGUCCUCUGGAAAAACAUCAUCGCAGAGAACAGGGAGAUCGCAUUUUAAAUCAGUCUUAAGAGAGUGCCUUGAUAUGCUGCAGUGCUUAGGCAUCCCGUGGGUUCAAGCUGCAGGAGAAGCGGAAGCCAUGUGUGCCUACCUCAAUGCUAAUGGCUAUGUGGAUGGCUGCCUCACCAAUGACGGAGAUGCUUUCCUGUACGGGGCACAGACUGUGUACCGGAAUUUCACUAUGAAUACAAAGGACCCACACGUUGACUGUUACACAAUGUCAUCUAUCAAGAGUAACCUGGGUUUGGACAGAGAGGCUCUGGUUGGCCUCGCCGUACUCCUUGGCUGUGAUUAUCUUCCCAAGGGUGUUCCUGGAGUUGGAAAAGAACAAGCGUUAAAACUUAUACAGACUUUGAGAGGACAAAGUUUACUGCACAGAUUUAAUCAGUGGAAUGAAAAAUCUUUCUACUCUGAUCCACAAGCACAAGUUGUUAAAAAACUGGCUCACUGCUCUGUGUGUUCCCAUCCAGGCUCACCUAAGGAUCAUGAACGCAAUGGGUGCAGAUGGUGUCAAAGUGAUCGCUACUGUGAGCCGCAUGAUUAUGAUUACCGCUGUCCGUGUGAGUGGCACCUUGGUGAACGUGAGAGACAACUCAGUGACUUAGAAAACAGUAUUAAGAAAAAAGCUUGCAGUUGUGAGGGAUUCCCAUUCCCUGAGGUCAUCCAAGAAUUUCUUUCAAAUAAGGAUAAAUUGCAGAAGGUUAUCAGGUCCCAGAGACCUGAUUUACUAUUAUUUCAGAGAUUUACCCUUGAAAAGAUGGAUUGGCCCAAUCAUUAUGCAUGUGAGAAACUGUUGAUGCUUCUGACUCACUAUGACAUGGUAGAAAGAAAACUUGGUAGAAGGAACGCUAAUCAACUACAGCCAAUUCGCUUACCUGAAUGUAUGAAAAUUAAGCCUAAAGAAAAUGUUUUGCGUGAAUUAGACGAUGUAAUGAAUUUGCAGUCACACAUGAAUUUGGAACACACGAGUGUAACCUGUCCUGAGCAGAAUCCUAAAUUCCCUUUGGAAAUUCCUCCAUAUUCUAAACUACUCCAAGAAUCUUCUGCUCCGUCUCAGAGUAGCUUGCUUUCACCAGGAGCUGCUGCUUGUUUAGAGAGACAGGAUGAGCUAAUGUCUUCACCAGACCCCGUGGCUACACAUGAAAUUAAAAAGGUCAGUAAGCUUCAGACUUCAGAAUCCAGUCAGCCCACUCCCUUAUCCCACAAUCUAUCUGUGGUUACUGACCUACAGUUGACCGCCAUCGACUGGGAAAGUACUUCUUUCAGUUAUUCCCCGGCUCUUCCAAAGAGCGCUGUCUCUCACAGUUUAAAAUCAGAACUGGAACCAGCCGUCCACAACAGCUUUGACAAUACCUCAGAACGAUUGUCAGGUGACUCAGAAUGGUGCACCACCAACAUCAAAAAAGCCUCCGAUGGCGACCUUCGAAAGACUGGGCCUGAGGAGCAUCUGCUCUCGGGCCUCACCGCUUUGCAGCUGCAAGAUUUGCCUUUAAAGGAACGAAUACGUAUGAAAUCAUCAUACGCCCAGGAUAAGGUACAACCAGAUAUUGGUUUGAAAGCUUUGUCCCCACUUCAGGUGAAAGAGCCUUGCUUUGCUAACAGCGUUCCUGUUUGUCCAGCGUAUCUUUCAAAGAAGUUUACACCAAUUCAUUUGCAAAAUGAAUACAGAAACAGUGAUGUUCUAAAAGGAGACCAAUCGCUCCAAGAAAGUUAUAAAAUAAAUGCAGCUUUAAAUCAUGGCAGUAAAGUUGAUGCUCAAACCACUCAGAAAAUGGUAAUGACGAAGAGUGUUUGCCUGGACAGACCUUCUUCUGAUGAAGAGAGUGCCCCGGUGUGUGGGAAAGCUAAAUACAGAACUCACAAAAGUAAGCAGUGUUCUCAGAGCCACCACCUACUCCAAGGAAAGAACAGUGACCCUGACAGACCACGCGGUCAUAAAAUGCAUGCUAAUGAAGCUCAGCAGCACGUCCAGGCUUACAGCAACCCUGGAAACGAGGAAAAGGAUUCCCUUGGCUCAGCACAACGUCCACUGAGCCUUCCACAGUAUCCUAACCACAGAGGAGACCCGGAUGCUUGUAUGGCUAGUCCUUUGCCUUUGUGUCAGAGAUUAAAACUGAGGUUCCAAAGCACUUGAAGGGAAAUGGACAUAGAACUUAUUAUUCAUAUAUUCUGCAUUAGCAGAGGCAGAAUGAUGGUAUCUAAUCAAUGUUUGCUAGAAAAACUAAUCUAUGUUUCAUGAAACACAUUGACCUUUUUAAGCUAAAUUGUAAUUUUUAAAAAAUGCUACCUGGAACAUUGGUUUUAAAAUAUGUCCUGUGGUUAACACUUGAGGGAAUAUGUAUUUUUACCACUUGUUUUUGCCAUUUUUUAAUAUCCUACUUGACUUUUCUCUGUUUGUA